AGAGCGGGACGAGGGCGACGGGCGAGCGGGAUAGAGGUGAGAGUUGCGCCUCAGCGGCGGGCUGCGGCUUCUGAGGUGGAGGGGUGACCUUGGGUUGUUCUUUGUCCACGCCAGUCUCACAGAGGGCGCUUCUUUGGGAGCUUUCAGCCCUUCUGCCCCACGGAGGAGGGGUUCUGUCAGGACCGGGCCGGCCGGGAGGCGCUGAGGCCUCGCGUUGCACGUGGGAGGGCCGGGCCGGGCCCUGGGGGCAGUCUGUGCUCCCACAGGUGGGCAGUCCCCGUCCCCCCACAGGUGGAGAUGGGGGAGUACGGCAUCGCCCCAGGGCAGCGCGUGGCCGUCAUCUGGGACAGCUCCUCGCCGGUGGAAGCACUGAAGGGUUUGGUGGACGCCGUCCAGGCCUCGGUGGGAGCCGACAGUCGUGUGUCCGUGGAGAACAUCAACCAGCUGUGUCAGUCAGCUCACAGGGAGUCCAGUUUUGAUGUGAUUCUCUCUGGCGUGGUACCAGGCAGCACAGCGCAGCACAGUGCAGAGGUACUGGCAGAAAUAGCUCGGAUACUUAAGCCCGGGGGUCGUGUCCUCCUGAAAGAACCCGUGGUUACAGAAUCAGAAAACAACAGCCAAAUCAAGACAGCAGCCAAACUCCCUGCAGCUCUGACUCUCUCUGGGCUGGUGGAAGUGAAGGAGCUGCAAAAGGAACCUCUGACCGCUGAGGAGGCCCAGUCAGUCCGAGAGCAUUUGGGCUACCAAGGCAAUGACCUUCUCAUUGUUCAGAUAGAAGGCAGGAAACCCAAUUUUGAAGUGGGAUCUUCAAGUCAACUCAAACUAUCCUUUGCCAAGAAAACAAGUCCUUCAGGAAAACCCUCUGUGGACCCAGCUACUGCUAAGCUGUGGACGCUGUCUGCCAGUGAUAUGAAUGAUGAAGAGAUGGAUCUUUUAGACUCUGAUGAGCUGUUGGAUUCAGAGGAUUUGAAAAAGCCAGAUCCAGCCUCUCUCAGAGCUCCCUCCUGCAAAGAAAAGGGCAAAAAGAAAGCCUGCAAGAACUGCACAUGUGGCCUGGCUGAAGAGCUGGAACAGGAGAAGAAGAGCUCGCAGCCCAAAUCUGCCUGUGGAAAUUGCUACCUGGGGGAUGCAUUCCGCUGUGCCAGUUGCCCUUACUUGGGGAUGCCUGCCUUCAAGCCUGGAGAGAAGAUCCUGCUGAAAGAGAACCAGCUGCAUGAUGCCUAAGAAAGUCAUCUCUGAAUGUCCUGAGAAGGACCUCUCUGCUUUUCCAUCACCCUGAGAUACAGGGGUUCUUCCUACAGUUCUCCUCAUCCUCUCAAACUCAUGCUCCCUGGCCAAUACUCCUCGUGGGGAGGCACGCCGUGGGAAGUGACACUGCUGUGAGCUCAUCACACGUAAUCAACUUCGGGCUAGGUGAUAAUCCGUGGUGGCCAGUGGUCCUGUGUAUUAGACUUCUUAAUGUUAAGCCUCAUUGUAGCUGCCUUGACUUGAUACUGAGACGCUGGCCGUCCCAGCAUGUCCCACCAACAGAGGGAAGUGGAAUUGUGUCAGAUUGACCUUGUGUGUAGUGGCAAGAGCCUCACCAGUGUUUCCCCAAGCCCACAUUGCUCCUUGCCCCGGUUUUACACUGUGCAUCAGCAGCUGUGGCUCAGCUCUCAGGGUGACAUUGGGCUCCUUUACAUUUUCGGAAUUUGAACCUGAAAUUCUUUAGUGGGUGAAGGUUACUCAGCAGCUCCUGCUGCAAAUCAGGAGCAGUGAGUACUCUUUGCUGUGUACUCCUUGGUAAACUCUGAUAGGCGUGAUGAAUUUCCAAGUGUUUUGGGGGUGCCAUCCCCCUCCAUCACCUGUUUUCAUCAGAAUAACAAAGUUUCAUUCCCACUGAGAUAACUGCUGCCCUUAAGGCAGGGAGAAAAUUAACCUUGUCCUCCCCCACCUCUGACCAACAAAAACACAAGGGCAGUCUGAGACCCUCACCUCUCUUGGUGGUUAUCAAGUGAGUUACCCGCAGUGUCCAGUAAGUAAGAACACAGCAAUAACUUAAUUUCUGGUUGAUACUGACUACUCUUUAUUUAUUUGCAUUCUUACUGCUCAUGAAGCAUCCUCGCAGGUGCAGGAUGAGGGAGCUCGUGGUGCUCUGUGCCAGGCUUGCUUCUCACCCACGGAAGGAGAGGAGGAAAACACAACUUGCUCUACAGGAUGUGACUUCUUGUCAUUGUCCUUCCUCAGUUGCACAAUAAACUCAUGUAGGGAUCUGGGAUGAAAAGCUGUUCUGUUCUUAAAAUAAAUGUGACCAAUAAUCAA